CUUGUGUUGAAGUUAUCAGCUCUGUACAUUUCAUAACCUCAUAAACAUGCGUGAGUGUAUCUCAGUGCACGUGGGUCAGGCUGGUGUCCAGAUUGGCAAUGCCUGCUGGGAGCUUUACUGCCUGGAACAUGGGAUCCAGCCUGAUGGACAGAUGCCCAGUGACAAGACCAUUGGAGGGGGAGAUGAUUCCUUCAACACGUUCUUCAGUGAGACUGGAGCUGGAAAGCACGUCCCCAGGGCUGUUUUUGUGGACCUGGAACCCACUGUCAUUGAUGAGGUGCGAACUGGGACCUACCGGCAGCUGUUCCAUCCUGAGCAGCUGAUCACUGGCAAGGAGGAUGCUGCCAAUAACUAUGCCCGUGGACACUACACCAUCGGCAAAGAGAUCAUUGACCUGGUGCUGGACAGGAUCCGCAAACUGUCUGACCAGUGCACUGGUCUUCAGGGAUUCCUGGUUUUCCACAGCUUCGGCGGUGGUACGGGCUCUGGUUUUACAUCCUUGCUGAUGGAGCGUCUGUCUGUUGAUUACGGCAAGAAGUCCAAGCUGGAGUUCUCCAUCUACCCAGCUCCACAGGUGUCCACUGCUGUGGUAGAGCCGUACAACGCCAUCCUGACCACCCACACCACUCUAGAGCACUCUGACUGUGCCUUCAUGGUGGAUAACGAGGCCAUCUACGAUAUCUGUCGCAGGAACCUGGAUAUUGAGCGUCCAACCUACACCAACCUCAACAGGCUGAUGAGUCAGAUCGUGUCCUCCAUCACUGCUUCCCUGCGUUUUGAUGGUGCUCUUAAUGUUGAUCUUACAGAGUUUCAGACCAACUUGGUGCCAUAUCCUCGUAUCCACUUCCCUCUGGCCACCUAUGCCCCUGUCAUCUCUGCUGAGAAGGCCUACCAUGAGCAGUUAACAGUGGCAGAAAUUACCAACGCCUGCUUUGAACCAGCCAAUCAGAUGGUAAAAUGUGACCCUCGCCACGGCAAAUACAUGGCCUGCUGCCUUUUGUACCGUGGCGAUGUGGUGCCCAAAGAUGUCAAUGCCGCCAUCGCCACCAUAAAGACCAAGCGCACCAUCCAGUUUGUGGACUGGUGCCCCACUGGUUUCAAGGUUGGCAUCAACUACCAGCCGCCCACUGUAGUUCCUGGUGGAGACCUGGCUAAAGUCCAGAGGGCUGUGUGCAUGCUGAGCAACACCACUGCUAUCGCAGAGGCCUGGGCUCGACUUGACCACAAGUUUGAUCUGAUGUACGCUAAGCGUGCUUUUGUUCACUGGUAUGUAGGUGAGGGUAUGGAGGAGGGAGAGUUCUCUGAGGCCAGGGAGGACAUGGCAGCUUUGGAGAAGGAUUAUGAGGAGGUUGGGCUUGAAUCUGUUGAGGGUGAGGGUGAAGACGAGGGGGAGUAUUAACAGGGAUAAAAGAAUUACUUGAGGGGGAAACUGUUAGUUCAGUGUGUUCUUAAAUAUGUUCCAGUAUUUGUUAACUAAAAUACAAGUUUGGUUACAUUCAGAAUGAAAUUUCUGAAAAUAUAAGGAGAGGGAUCAGGAGGAGGUUAGAGUUGAAUCCGUUGAGGAUGAGGGCGAAGAAGAGGGAGUGGGAGAGUAUUAGAAGGAACAUAGAGCUUCUAGUAAAAUAUGACAGAUAAAUCCAUUGUGGUUUUAAAUACAUUCCAAUGUUCGUGCUGUGAAAUGCUAGUUUGGCCAGUUUG